CCCGCCGUGCUGCUGGGCGCCGCGCUCGGCCUCGGUCUCGGCCUCUGGCUCGGCCGCCGCGCCGCCCGCGCGCGCUCGUGGCACCAGAAAGACGACGCUCAAAGUCUGCUCAGGAACUUGGAGUCUAACGUCCAGACCCCCUUGGAAACCGGCUCCCCGCCCAGGAGGAGGAAGAGAGACGCACAGACCUCAAAGGACGAGGAGGCUGUGGACGAAUGUGGGCCGUCUUUCAACAGCAACAUCACGGCAUUUGCACUGAAGGCGAAAGUCGUCUACCCCAUCAAUCAGAAGUUCCGGCCUCUGGCCGACGGCUCCUCCAACCCGUCUCUGCACGAAAACUUAAAGCAGGCUGUUUUGCCAAACCAGCCGGUGGAGGCCGCCCCUUCCAGCAGCCUGGGGAGCCUGAGCCAGGCCGAGAAGGAUGACUGCAGCUCCUCAUCCAGCAUCCACUCGGCCACCAGCGACGACAGGUUCCUCAGCCGCACCUUCCUCCGGACAAACAGCUUCCCCGAGGCGCUGACCUGUGAGAGUGUAGACCUCGACUUGUGCGUCUACAGCCUGCACUUGAGAGAGCUGCUGCGCGUGGACGCGGCGCUGAGGCAGGAGAAGCACAUGAUGUUUAUUCAGAUUUUUAAAAUGUGCCUCCUUGACCUUUUUCCUAAAAAGAAGUCUGAUGAUGAGUUAUACCAGAAGAUUCUUUCAAAACAAGAAAACGACUUGGAGGAAUUAGAAAAGGGACUUCAGGUCAAACUGUCAAACACAGAAAUGUUGGGUGCUGCUGAUUCUGAAUACACCACCCUGGCAGACGUGGAGAAGAAGGAGAGAGAGUACUCUGAGCAGCUGAUAGAUAAUAUGGAAGCUUUCUGGAAACAGAUGGAAAAGAUCCAGCCCUUUCUUGUGGACCAAUUUAAGUGUUCCAGCUCCAAAGCCCAACAGCUCGUGAUGACUCUGACGGAAAGAAUGACAGCCGCCGAAGGGCGGCUGCGCGAGUCCCAGGAUUUGCAGGCUCUGGACGCCCUGGAGAGAACAAUGGAGCGGGCACACAUGGCAAAAACGAUUGAGUUCCUGAAGCUGCAAAUCCAGGAGGAGACCAAAUGCCGACUGGCCGCCAUCUCACAUGGCCUGGAGCUGCUGACCGUCGAGGGGAAGCUGUCCGGGCGGCAGAAGGAGGAGCUGCUGACCCAGCAGCACAAGGCCUUCUGGGGGGAGGCGGAGCGCUUCGGCAGGGAGUUUGUCCAGCGAGGCAAAGACCGGGUCAAGGCGUCGCUGGAUCACCAGGCAGAGGGGUCGGCAAAGCUCGCACUGGCCCAAGAGGAGGAACGGAGGAGCUUCCUGGCCGAGGCACAGCCGACCGCCGACCCGGAGGAGUUCCUCCAGGCUUUCCACACCCUCCUAGAGAGGCAGAGGCUGACACAGAGUGACCUGGAGGAAGAGGAGAACGUCAGAGCCACUGACACCGUGGCUGCGCUCUGUGAGGAGCUGUACCGCAGCACCAUGGAAACGUUCCAGAAGUUCAUGGACGUCCUGUUCCUUCAGACGCUCCCAGCCACGACCGGCCUCUCCCGGGUGGAGUGUGACUACUUGAGGCAGGAGGUCCAGGAAAAUGCCGCCCAGCAGCUGGGCAAGUCGGAUCGCUUCCGGAAACAGCAGUGGAAACUCUUCCAAGAUCUCCUGGAGCAAGAAAAGCAGGUGUGGAUGGAGGAGCACGCUCUGUCCGCUGUGCUGCAGACACACCUGCGGGACGACCACCAGACCAUCCUCCACCAAGUCCUGGGCCGACUUGGUGGCCUCAGUGAAGAGUCCACGCGGUGCAUCCUGCAGGGGCACGAGCUGCUCCUGCGCUCGGCCCUCCGGAGGCUGGCUCUCCGUGGCAGUGCGGUCGCCGCCCUGACGCGGAUGAGGCUGGCCGGGAAGAAGAGCCUUCUGCAGGAGCUGCGUGAGCAGCACGCCCUGGAGCGGGGCUCCUCCCAGUGUCUGGACGAGCACCAGUGGCAGCUGCUCCGGGCCCUGGAGGCGCGCGUCCAGGAGGAGGCCGGCAGGCUGGAGGAGGAGGCACAGCUCACGCGGCUGCAGCUCCAGCAGCAGCUCCUGGCCGAGGCCCGGGAGGCCGGGCAGCUCCUGCAGCAGCACACGGAGCGGGCCCUUGGGCAGGCGCUGCUGGGGUAUGCACGGAACGCGGCCACCAGGAGCCGGGCCAGGGCCAGGGACGACUUCAAGAGAACGCUGAUGGAGGCGGCCGAGGAGAGCGUCUACGUGACCAGCGCUGGCGUCGGCCGGCUCGUGCGGGCAUAUGACCAGCAUAUCGGGAGGGUCGUGCAGGACCACGAGGAGAGAAGACUGCAGCAGCUGAAGACCCUGCAGGGUGACAGGAUGGAAAACUACAGGCUGCGCAAAAAGCAAGAACUCGGAGACCCUUUGUCGGGGGGCGAGAUGGCAGGUGGAGCCCCUGAAACGUGCCAGGCUGUCCACCAGAGGAUGUUGGUGCAGCAGAAAAAGUUCCUGGCCCAGUUCACCGUGCACCAGCGGAUCCGCCUGGAUGCUCAGAAGCAGAAAGCGAGAGUCAUGGACCAUCUGGAAGCCCAGCUGGAGUCCCAGCUACAGGAGGCCGAGCAGAGCUUCAUCUCUGAGCUGGCGGCCUUGGCCCGGGUGCCCCUCGCUGAAAGCAGACCGUUCGUCAAUAAGCGUGGGCUGGCAGAGAAGCCUGUAAGGACCAAAAGGAAGAAGCCACCGCCCCGGGACAGAGGGGACCCUGGGGGACCCACUGAUGACGACCCUGCCUCCGGGGGCCACCCCUCAGGCUCGCUCAGCAAAAGGCUGAGCCAGCAAGAAAGCGAAGUCGGUGACGGUGACAACUCCAAGAAGAUGCUCAAGAAAAGGAGCCAUCUGUAGCUGAAGGGCCUUGGGCCAGAGGUGGGGGAGCCGGUCUGAACGCCCCCUCCCCGCAGAGUAAGAGAUGGAGGAGGCACCAGCCACCUGGGGGAUGGGGGGGGGGUCCCCUCUGCCUCACAGGCUUGGGGUCAGGGGGAUGCAGGAUGGAUGGAGAAGUGCCAGGAGUGCCAAGCAUGGCACACCCCGCCACCCGAGAAAAUCGGAAACCCCAGUGGGUUUCAUCUUUGUGAGUUGUAGCUCCUUUGGCUUUGAGACGUGGCUCCAUUCCUCCAGGACUCUUCCUUCCUGGCUCUUGGUACCCCCACUUCCUCAGCGGGAGGUGGUCUCCUGGCAGCCUUGGGGCCCCUCUGCUCUCCAACCUCUCAGAAAAGAUCUGCUUGGUAGUGAAGGGUCUCCAGACACUGCUGGUGUUUUCUGGGCCCAAUUGUGUCACCCCGCCCUCUCUCUCUCUCCCAUGCACCGUGGCCUUUGGCUGCCAUAGUAUUCUCGUCAGGACCCUUCCCUGCCUUUGGCUUGGCCAGCGGCUAAGGCCUGGUCACUAUGGGCGGUCUGAGUCUUCCGGCCCCAUGAUCCUGACACAGGCCACCCUGGGGCCUGAGGACCCACAGCUGCACCAUGAGACCUACAGUGGUGUCUUCUGUUCGAGUCACUUAUAGUGCUUGGAAGGAGGCCCCACGCAGGCCUCGGAGUCCACCAGGAGGGGAUGAGCUCUUCUGCCAGGCAGCAGCCCAGCCCCAAGGAGAAAUGUCCCUGGGGUCACUGCUUCUCCCAAUGGAUGUUGAGAACGUCCAGAAGCUUCCAGACCAGCGGCACAUAAACGACUGCCAGGAGAGGCCUUUCCCACUGGGAAAGAAUUGCCCUUUUCAUCUAAAUAAGGGGUUCUCAACCUCGGCACUAUGGACACUGGGUGAGAUCAUCCUUUGGGGGGGGGCACCGUCCUGUGCACUGAAGGCUGUUUAGCAGCAUCCCUGGCCUCCACCCACCAGAUGCUGGAGUGCUCCCUGGUUGUGACACCAAAAAUGUCCCCUGGGGCCAUCACCCACUGACGCAAGUCAAAGUGUGCUGGCCUCCAGCAAGUCCAGGACGGAGAACUCAGUGUUUCCAUGAAUUCCCACAACACAGUGGGCUCUAGGCUCUGGGAGCCACGUCUUGGGGACUUUCUGGACCAUUUGUGCCAUGAAUUUUUACUUCAUAAAACCUAAAUUAGCCUCUCUUAGGAAAGAGUGGCUCCUUAACAGAAGUAAUCUGUAAUAGUUACAUCUUUUGAUAAAGAUGCUUAACUCUCAGAGCAUCUUCAAUUCCUGACUGGCCAAUAGCAGGAUUUCCAACGUUGGCCAACGGCUCCCUCUGGUGGCGAAAUGAAACAUUUCCUUCAUCCUUGUAACAAGGCCGUGGCUUCCUGUGGCUUCCUGCCCGCACUGUGUUCAGAGCCUGGUUUGCAUAGAAAUCGCUUUGUCACGUGGCCCUCUGCACAGAAGGGUGCUGGAGACAGAUGUGGGGAAUUCUACGUUGGGAAUGUCUGAUCUGUGACGUGAGUAUGGUUAACGCAGAUGCCUGGGCAGCACCAGGAUGUCUGGAAGGUGGCAGGUGUCCAGCCUUGGUCUCACUGGCUGCGUCAGCCUUCGCCAGUCUUGCAUGGAUAAUCGCUUUGCUCCUUAAAGGUAACUUCCUUAGCCCAUGGGACCAUGUCCCAUGUUACAGGCCGCGGGACCCCUUCGCACACUCGCCGCCCAAUGACUGUGCUUGGCAGUUUGGGGUAUGUGAUUCUCAACAAAGACAGCUGUCUGUUUCUGUUUUCAUCACAUCACAAUUUGACUCUUCUGACUACAAGUGGGAGCUGAGAGGUGACUUUCCUAAUGGAACUGCCUCCCUGAUCAAGAUAAAUCGUGGACAGCUGGAAGCCGCGGGACGCAGUGGCCGGCGCGGGCUCCGGACGCCUGGACGCGGAUGAGGGCGUUCAGGCCUGGUGCUGAGCCGCAUGAACACAGCCCACCCAGAGCCGGGGAGAGGAGGACCAGGGAGACGCACCUCCACCGCCCUCCCUCCACUUGGGUUACGGUCCCCAGCUCUUGUUACGGGCUGUGGUUGUUAUGGUGAUGCAGGAGGUGGAACUGUAAGGAUCCUGAGUGAUGCUGUAACACGGAGUUUAGUGAAUUAGUUCUUUUACUCAAACUUACCCUCUGAUCUGAGCUUGAGCUGCUAGGAUGUAGCCAUUAGGGUUAAUCAGGUCCACAGACUCUCCCAGGAGUCCUCCAGCCAGCCUGAGUCUCUCGUCCUUAGUACUUCUGGUGCCGAUCUUGCUGCUGCUGCCCCCCCUCUUGCCUCCUGCCCUGCCUCAUCCUCCUCUAAUCUGUCCACACUUUCUAAGACACAAACCUGACUGAUACUCUUCAGUGGUAUUCCCUUGCUCUUAGGAGAAAAAGCAAAAUCUUUAACACGGACCACGGGGUCCUCUGAGGUCUGGUAUCAGCCACCCCCCUUCAGCCCAGCGGCUGCCCUCACCCUUACCCAGCACCCAGCUUCUCUGUCUCCUGCCAUGGCUUCCUACGUGCCACACCCCUGCCUACCCCGGGGCCUUCGCACAUGACAUUCAUUCUGCCUGCAACACCCCUGCCUCCUCCCAUCCUCUUUGCCUCCUUAGCUCCCAGCUGUUGUUCACAUCUCAACAGCAGGGCUCACGUCUUCGAGAGCCUUCCCUGUUCCCCUUCCCCAGACAAGACCAGACUCUCCUCUUAUGCUCUUAGCACCUUAUAUUUUGCUGCUGGGGUGGGGAGAGGGUUAAAUAACAUGCCUUUAUUCCCCGUUUGGAACCAGUUGAGAUACAGGCAAAGCCGUCAGCCAGCCAGAGACCUGCAUAUCAGCUUUGUGACUGAUGAAGCCACAGAGAAGGGCUCGGUGGCCACAAGGGCUUGCUCGGGUCUUCCCCCUAAAGUAAACUCACCCACCCCGCCACACGGACGAGGCCCAGUUCCAAGCCUCCACUGUGGGCGCACCCCUGAGACGCUGCACGGGAGGAGGGGCGGGAGGCCCAGAUGGGGGUGGGGGCUUGUACACUGGGGAGGGGAGCCUCACAAAAAGCAAAUAAAAUUACAAAAGGUAUUUAGAGUCAGAGAGGAGAUCAGAACAAAUGAUAUAUUUUAAAAACCAGAUGAAUUCCACAAAAUCACAAAUCCAAAAAUAAAAUAAUUGUUUAAGUCAAUGAAUUGCCUAACCCACCCCUGUAAUACUUUGUUCAAAUGUUAUUGCACACGUCUGACGGCUGGGAGAGUCUGCUCGGACUAGCUUCUGGCUCUGCACGCUUACUUCAGCACUCGCUCUCCCCGACGCCGUGCACUUCUGGUGCUGGGCACCAUGGGACACGUCUGUGUCGUCACCUCCGGCCAGCGCACUGUGUCACGAUGCAGGUGUGUUAGCGCAGUGUGGCCAUUUGUGCCCGGGCUGGCUACACACACGAACAUCCCCACUGAACCCAGCUCAGCCUGCCCUAAUCCAGAGCCAGAAAUGCCCUCGGCCCCCCAGGGUCACCUGAUAUGCGGGGACAUGAGAGUGAGCGGAAAGAGUGAGCUUAACCGAUGCAGUUAAAUACCAGACUGCAGUAAACUGUUCAGAAAAGCACGGCCGUGGACACGUCGCUAAGAGCCCCCCACCGGCCUGGGGCCUGGGGACGAGUCUGUGCACAUGAGGGGCCCGAAGCUUGCACGCCAUUAACUUCACGGUAAAUCCUUGUUCAGGGACGUGUUCCUGAGGCCAGUCGUCUCCGUGGAGAGAAGAAAGGACACCCCGUAGCUGCUCAGCUCCUCCCCGGACUGAGCAGUUGGGUGCCUCUCCUCCCCUGGGGAAGAGUGAGUUAUAGUCACCGUCAUCACUACUGACAGCUGAUCGAGACAAGCGGCUGGCCCUGAGGUUUCCUCCUCCUUAGAAGGUACAUCUGCUGAUGGCACCGGAGGGAAGGAAUGUGAAGCUGAGGAGUUCGGCGCUUCCAGCCCAAGGCGGUCUGACCUACAUAACCCACAAGAGGAGGGAGGGGGCGCGCCCAGGAGGUGCCGGGCAGGCGGGAGUGGACCUGUGAUUUCAACCUAUUUCACAGGAGCCCGUGGCCAGCUGAGGUCCUCUCAUCCAUGUCUCGGGCUGGGGACCUUACACUGGCUCCCUGCUCCGGCCUUGGCCUCCCCAGCUGUCUACGGGGAGUGAGCGCCUCCAUCCUUAUUAUGAGGAGCGCCAACCACCUGCACCCACCCAACCGGCCACCGCUUAAAUAGAAACUCCUCAGUCAAGCCAGUGGGCCAUUUAUGUUCUUUAUUUUCUCACAAGCUUUGAAUUCAGAAAUAAGAGCCACAAUAAGUCAGUUGUUAAGUAAAAAUGGGGGUGAUUACAAAGAAAAACUUUGUACAAAACUUUAAAAAUCUGACUGCCCCAUCAGCCACCUCGGAGGGACCAGGACUCGGGCAGCCCGGGGGCGACCGUCGCCCCACCAUCAUCAGCCUUGAAUGGGGCUGGGAGACCCCUUUCUGAGUGUGAACCUGGCUCGGCCAGAAGCCCGGAGUGGCCGGAAGGACGCACACAGACCAGAAAGAUGGCAUGGCAAGUUACAAGUGCCACAGAGACCAGGGUUUCUGACACAGGACGUGGAUGAUGUCUCUGCAAGCAGUGGAAGGGCCCCCCGCCUCUGAGAAUUCACAGAAGGUCUCAGUGGGGUGGGAUGGGGCAGGCUUCUUUCUAGCGUAGACUUGGGAUGGAGGCAACGAGUAAACAUCUUUGUGGUAAGAGUUCUGGAAUUGCCCCUGAGGGCUUGAGGUCUUGGCAUCAUGUCUACGUCGGUCCUCGGCGAUCUUCCGUCAGACGCACUCACAGACUUGCAUACAGAAUUUAGUAACAUGCAUCGCCUAUCCUAGAACAGCUACAAGGGUGCAAAGGAGCCACUCGGAGAGCCAUGGGGCCGCGAGUCAGCAGUGGAAGGGACAGCACAAGACGACGCUAGAACCUGUGCUCACUAAGUAGGGAGUGAAGACACCAUGCUGUGAGAUGCAAUCAGCAUGAACACACAACUGUGGGGCAAGGAGCGCCAAGCAAACACACCACACUAGUACCACUUCUUCCUAAACAAAAAAGGAAAGAACAUCAUUCAGUUUUCCCCCCAUCAGUACCAAAUAAAACUGCGGGUUUCAACAACACUGACAGGGAAAGGAAUGGACAGUAUUCCCAGAAUCCUUCACUCUAGCUCAUCCACGCGGCCGCCUUCAGCCGAGGCUGGUGAUGUUGGAGCGGCCGCCAGGGGGUGCCACGAUGCGGUGGCCGGUGCGCCUGGGAUUGUUGUCAUCUAUCUGGGCACCUGGAAGAGACAGAGACAGUCACUUCCGACGCCAGCUCCACACGCUGCUCCUGAGGGCGGGGUGCUCCCCCGGGAUCCCCCGCUGGGCGCUCAUCCUGACAUGCCCUCCGUCCUCUCCAGCCUGGGCACUCAGGCCAGGCUCACCUCUGGGAGGCUCCCCAUCCUCCGUGGGCUUCACCGCUCUCUCCUCCUUGCCCCCUCAGGCCCUGGGGUCACCCUCUUACGGUCCUGACCACCCGGCCCUCUUUCUCCUCUGGCUUCCCCAGUAGAAGUUCACGUUCUUGAGACAGGUGGGCAAGCACUUAUUGAGUGUCUACUGUGUGCAGCCACAGACUUGGUGCUUUAACACGUGUUGUUGUGUUUAGAGCACACGAUACUGCGACAGAGGCGGUUUUACUCCCAGUUUACAGAUGAGGAAUCUGAGGCUCAGGUUACGCUCCUCGGGGGUCACACCUGGAGGGCCGGGAAGCCAGGAUUCCAGCACCAAGAGGUUUGUCUCCAGAGCCCACACUCCUGCCGCACAGUCGGAACAAGACUCAGCACGGUGCCCGGUGCUCCAGAGUCCUUUCUGUAUGCUGUGCAUGGAGCGCAUGCAUGUGCACCCGUGUGUGUGCAUGCGCGUGUUCCUGUGUGUGAACCACUCAGAGCUGAAGUCACUCACCUCAUUUGCAAUGAACAGAUCUGCAUGGGGGAGGGGGAGCACUUUUUGUUUUAAGUCUGCAUUUUGUUUAAAUCUGUAAAGCCAUCCAUUCUAAUCGUAUGCAUUCUCUUGCAGUUAAAUAAAGACUUAAAAUACCAGGCCCAGUGCCUGGCGCUCA